AUGAUAACACUAAACCCCACCACCUCGAACUUGUUGAAUCUCCACCCAUUUCACCCAACUCCGGCAACCCACAAGCACCACCUUCCGCCGCAAACUCGCCGCUCAGUUAUUGCAUGUGUUAGUGACGCCGUCGUCGCCGGUGGCGGCGGCGGCGGCGGUGGCGGCGGCGGUUCCGGCUUUUUAUCAGCAAUUGGGCGGGCAAUUGAGGAAGAGGAGUACAGAAAGGCUAGGGCUGAGGUCAACCGGAAAGGGGUCGGCUUAGACGGCUACUCCGUCGAAGGGCUGUCAAUCGGCGGCCACGAAACUUGUGUUAUCGUGCCGGAAUUGAAGACCGCUUUCGAUAUUGGGAGGUGCCCUUCAAGAGCUGUCCAGCAGAAUUUUCUGUUCAUCACCCAUGCUCACCUCGAUCACAUUGGUGGACUGCCGAUGUAUAUAGCUACUCGUGGUCUAUACAACUUAAAACCACCUACAGUCUUUGUGCCUCCAUGCAUAAAGGAGGAUGUCGAACGACUAAUCGAUAUUCAUAGGGUCAUGGGUCGGGUGGAGCUGAACGUUGAUUUGGUACCCCUGGAUGUAGGUGAAACAUAUGAAAUGCGGAAUGAUAUUGUUGUACGGCCAUUUGAAACGCACCAUGUUAUACCCAGCCAGGGUUAUGUGAUUUACUCUGUAAGAAAGAAACUGAGAAAACAAUACACGCAUUUAAAAGGGAAACAAAUCGAGAAACUUAAGAAGUCUGGAGUUGAGAUUACAGAUACUAUCUUAUCACCCGAGGUGGCCUUCACCGGAGAUACAACGUCGGACUUUUUCCUUGACCCACGAAGUGCUGAUGCCUUGCGGGCGAAAAUUCUAAUUACCGAAGCAACAUUUUUGGACGAGAGUGUCAGUGUUGAGCACGCUCGAGAACAUGGUCAUACUCAUUUAUCCGAGAUUAUGGAACACGCACAAUGGAUUCGGAACCAAACUGUAGUGCUGACUCAUUUCUCGUCUCGCUAUCAUAUCGAGGACAUUCGGCAAGCCGUAUCAAAACUGCAGUCGAAGGUGUCGGCUAAAGUUAUUGGUUUAACUGAGGGAUUUAAAUCAUUGUACAAUACAUAACUCAAAUCUUCUGUAAUAAACUUGGUUUAGUCAAUAUCAUUUUUCUUAGGAUGCACUGUUUCUU